UCCGAAUUCUAUUGUCUUGGCUUCGAAUAUCAUCUCUCCGUAGGCGGUAGGACCAUAUCCUUCUCUAAAUUUCUAGGGUUUCUGAUUUCAGAUUCCGAAUUCCUGAAACCGAAGAGCGAGCUUGGGGUUUUAGGAUCGAUCAAACAUGGCGACCGCUUCAGUUGCUUUCAAGUCUAGGGAGGACCAUCGUAAGCAAAUUGAAUUGGAAGAGGCGCGUAAAGCUGGGCUUGCACCAGCUGAGGUUGACGAGGAUGGAAAAGAGAUCAACCCUCACAUUCCCCAGUAUAUGUCAUCUGCACCUUGGUAUCUCAACGCUGAGAGACCUAGUUUAAAACAUCAAAGGAAGUGGAAGUCAGAUCCGAAUUACACCAAGUCAUGGUAUGACAGAGGUGCCAAAAUUUAUCAGGCUGAUAAGUACAGGAAGGGUGCAUGUGAAAACUGUGGAUCCAUGACACAUGAUGCAAAGGCAUGUAUGGAAAGACCCCGGAAAGUGGGAGCAAAGUGGACAAGCAAACACAUUGCACCUGAUGAAAAAAUAGAGACCUUUGAGCUUGACUAUGAUGGGAAACGGGACCGUUGGAAUGGAUAUGAUGCAUCCACCUAUGCCUAUGUCAUUGAGAGAUAUGAAGCAAGGGAUGAAGCUCGAAGGAAAUACCUGAAAGACCAACAGCUUAAGAAACUCGAGAAAAACAAUAACCAAAAUGGUGAGGCUGAGGUAAGCGAUGAGGAUGACGAUGAAGAUGAUCUCAGGGUAGAUGAAGCCAAGGUGGAUGAGAGCAAGCAAAUGGACUUUGCAAAGGUUGAAAAGCGUGUACGCACAACGGGCGGUGGGAGUACUGGAACUGUGAGGAACUUGCGUAUUCGGGAGGACACAGCAAAAUAUCUUUUAAAUCUUGAUGUCAACUCUGCACACUAUGAUCCCAAAACACGGUCCAUGCGUGAAGAUCCUCUUCCAGAUGCAGAUCCAAAUGAGAAGUUCUAUGGGGGAGAUAACCAACAUAGAAAUAGUGGUGAAGCUUUGGAGUUCAAGCAGCUCAACAUCCAUGCUUGGGAAGCAUUUGAUAAGGGGCAAGACAUUCACAUGCAAGCAGCUCCAUCUCAAGCUGAGUUGCUUUAUAAGAAUUAUAAGGUCAUUAAGGAGAAACUGAAGUCCCAAACAAAAGACACCAUAUUGGAGAAGUAUGGGAAUGCGGCUACUGAAGAAGACAUUCCAAUGGAGCUUCUACUAGGACAAAGUGAAAGAGAAGUUGAAUAUGAUCGUGCUGGCAGGAUCAUAAAAGGGCAGGAGAAAGCACUUCCGAGAAGCAAGUACGAAGAAGAUGUUUUCAUCAACAACCAUACAAGUGUUUGGGGUUCAUGGUGGAUGGAUCAUCAGUGGGGUUACAAGUGCUGCAAGCAAACGAUCCGAAACAGCUAUUGCACUGGCGCUGCUGGAAUAGAAGCUGCUGAGGCUGCAACAGAUCUUAUGAAGGCUAAUAUUGCUCGUAAGGAAGCUACUGAAGAGAUACCUUCACCAGUGGAGGAGAAAAGGCUUGCUACUUGGGGAACUGAUGUCCCAGAUGACUUGGUUUUGGAUGAGAAGUUACUGGCUGAAGCACUUAAAAAGGAGGAUGGAAGGAGGAGAGAAGAGAGAGAUGAGAGAAAGCGCAAAUACAAUGUUAGAUGGAAUGAUGAGGUGACAAUUGAGGAUAUGGAGGCAUACAGGAUGAAGAAAGUACAUCAUGAUGAUCCAAUGAAGGACUUCUUACACUAGUUUCAAACGUUCCAUGAUGGAGCUUCUUGCUACAACCCAUGAAGCUUUCUUUCUGCUGCAAGCUGGAUUUACUCGAAGCUGCUUUAUAAUGCAGUUUUACUAUAUAGCAAACUUCGUGCAUCAAGUACACGUAACACAUGGGAUAGAUCCUCCAUCACCGAUGUCUGUUUUUUGGUUGUGUUCUUACUGUAUGCUCCAUUUAGUCGAGAGCACCAGAUGGUGUAUGAAUGCUAAGAAACAUUCGUUUAUCUGACUGAUGAUCGUUUGGUACUCUUUCCACCCCAUGUGGAGAAUAUUUGUAGCUGUAAGUGGCAUACUUCUAUAUAUGUAUAUGUAAACUCAAAAAAAUAAAAAAAACAUGUGGAAAACAUGUAACCAAACAUGUUGAAAACAUUUCA